CGGAUAUAAAUUUUGAUCAAUUCGACCCAAUAAUAAAUAAUAUUUUAUAUAAUAUAUUAAAUAUAUAUUUUCAUAUUAUAAAAAUAUUUUUAUCAUUUCUUAAAUAUCAUUAAAAAAGAAUAAAUGAUCUAUUUUUUUUUUCUUUUUCUUUUUCUUCAUAUUUUAUUUAUCGUGUGUCUUUUAUCAUUGUUUUUAAUUAUUAUUUUUUAUUUUAUUUUUGACGUAAUUUUUUUUUUUUUUUUUUUUUAAAAUACUACACCCUUAGAUCAAAUCGGAUUAUCGAAUUAAUUAUUGGAUCAAAUAUUCAUUUAAAAACAAAUUAAAUAUAAAUUCAUUCACAAAAGAUCCAUUGAAUAUCCGUCUACUUCCAACCUCUCAGUGUCAAGAAACUUUCAUGAGUGAGAGAAAUCGUCAAUCCAUUAUAGCAAUUUAUGGUAUGACCAUCAAUGCCUACAAAGAUUGCCAGUUUUGGAGCAAUAUUUAAGUUAGUCGAACGGAAUUGGAGUUAUGGGACUUUGAAUAUCAAAAUUAUUGUUGCCUUUAAAUCCAAUGAAAAAUGGUCGAAUUUCAUGACAUUUGAAGUUUAAUCAAUUAAGGUUAAAAAACAAAAAUUAAAAUUAAAGGUUUAAUCAAAUAGAAUUUGCAGAAAACCCACACUAUUUUAGUAUCUUUCCAGUCCCACAAGAAUUUGAUUCCAAAGAGGUUAGAAUACUGAGCUUUUGAGGUCAUGUUGUUCAGAAUAAAGGAAGCCCAAAUGAUUAUUGUGAUCAACCCCAAAAGUGGUCACAAGGGUUGAAGGCUGAUAUUGUGAUUUUGAUGAUAUUAAAUGCAUCAACUCUCAGCUUUAUUGAUGAGUAAGCGGCAAAGAUUCGCGGAGCUCUUGAGGAGUUGCUCGAAGAAAUUGUUACUUGAUCACGGACUGCAACUACAUUCAGCUGUAAUGAAAAUGGGAUUUGGGUCUGACAUGAUGAUAAACAAUGAUCUUAUAGUGAUGUAUGGAAAAUGUGGUAGGAUGAGCAUGGCUUGUGGUGUGUUUGAUAGAAUGCUUGAAAGAAAUGUUGUUUCUUGGACAGCUUUGAUGUGUGGGCACUUACAGCACGGUGAUGCCAAGUCGUCGUUAUGGCUUCUAUACCGGAUGGGACAUUCAGACGUUAAGCCCAACGAGUACACUUUCUCGACAAAUUUUAAAGCAUGUGGGUUUUUGGGUGUUCCGGAGAAUGGAAGACAGAUUCAUGGAAUGUGUGUUAAAGCUGGAUUUGAAUGGUUUCCUGUGGUGGGCAAUGCUGCCAUUGAUAUGUACUCGAGAUGUGGAAGAUUAAGUGAGGCGGCUCAGAUGUUUGAUAUAAUGCCAGUUAGAAGUCUCAUAACUUGGAAUGUUAUGAUAGCAGGAUACGCCCUUGAAGGAAUGGGUGAUAAAUCAUUAUUCUUGUUCAGGAAAAUGCAAGAACGAGGAGAAAUUCCUGAUGAAUUUACAUUUACUAGCACGUUAAAAGCCUGUAGUGGUCUUGGAGCAAUUCGGGAAGGAAAUCAAAUUCAUGCUUUUAUGAUCACAAGAGGAUUUCCAUUGUCGGACCGGACAAUCCUUGCAGGUGCCCUUGUUGAUCUGUAUGUGAAAUGUGGGAACUCACUUGAAGCGUGGAAAGUGUUUAAUCAAGUUGAACAUAAGAGUGUCAUUUCUUGGACUGCCCUAAUUCUUGGUUAUGCUCAAGAAGGAAUGGUAUCUGAGGCCAUGGACUUGUUUAGGCAGCUCAGAGAGAGUAGCAUUCAAGUUGACGGGUUUGUCCUCUCAAGCAUGAUUGGUGUAUUAGCUGAUUUAGCUCUCGCAGAGCAAGGGAAGCAAAUGCAUUCUUACGCCAUUAAAGUUCCAUCUGGCUUUGACGUAUCUUUAGCCAAUUCAAUUGUUGAUAUGUAUCUCAAAUGUGGGUUAAUAGAGGAAGCAGAAAGACUUUUUAGUGAAAUGCCAGAGAAAAAUGUAGUUUCUUGGACGAUUAUGAUUACCGGGUAUGGAAAACAUGGUCUUGGCAGAGAAGCAACUCAUCUGUUCAAGAAAAUGCAUUUGGAUAAUAUUGAGCCCGAUGGAGUGACUUACCUGGCUGUGCUCUCAGCUUGUAGUCAUUCUGGACUCGUCGAAGAAAGUCAAGAAUACUUCUCAAGAUUGUGCGAGGACCCUCGAAUCAUUCCUAGAGUUGAGCACUAUGCUUGCAUGGUCGAUCUCCUUGGUCGAGCUGGACGCUUAAAAGAAGCUUGGAAUCUUAUAAAGAGCAUGCCAUUAAAACCAAAUAUAGGGAUAUGGCAGACAUUGCUUAGUGCUUGUAGAGUACAUGGAGACUUGGAAAUGGGGAGAGAAGUAGGAGAAAUACUUUUGAGAUUAGAUGGUAACAAUCCUGUCAAUUAUGUCAUGAUGUCGAAUAUUUAUGCAGACGCCGGCUAUUGGAAAGACUGUGAAAGACUCAGACAUUUGGUGAAGGUAAAGGGGUUAAAGAAAGAAGCAGGACGUAGCUGGGUUGAGAUUGACAAGGAGGUCCACUUUUUCUACAAUGCCGAUAAGGCACACCCACUUACAGAUAGAAUACAUGAAGUUUUGAAGGAAAUGGAAAGGAGGAUAAAAGAAGAGAUGGGAUAUGCAUACGAAGCGAGGUUUGCAUUGCACGACGUGGAGGAGGAGUCAAAGGAGGAGAGCUUGAGAGUGCACAGUGAGAAGUUGGCAAUCGGGUUAGCAUUAGUUUGUGGUGGCCUGGAAAAGGGGGGAAGGCCGAUUCGGGUUUUCAAGAACUUGAGAGUUUGUGGGGAUUGCCAUGAGUUCAUCAAGAGUUUGUCCAAGGUUUUGGAGAAAGUUUUUGUGGUAAGGGAUGCAAAUAGGUUCCACAAGUUUGAGGAUGGACUGUGCUCUUGUGGAGAUUUUUGGUGAUAUCGUUUAGGAUGGUGGCCUGGCAAUUUUGCUGUGCAAGUUUCUUGAAUAGAAGACUGAGGCAUGCUUUUUGUUCGCGAACUUCAGUUCUCUUUUUUGGCCUCUGUAAAAGAAAAUCAGAGGCCGAAAUGAAAAUUCAGGGGUGCUGCAGCUUUGCUGAUGGAGUAGGCUACCUGAAAGAAUAAGAUAUGCAAAUAUCUAAACUAUCUUGCCAUACAUAUUGAUCGUAGUAGUUCUGUGGUAUAUGGCUGGCUUGUCAAGAAGUUUUGCAUAUUAGCCACUUGCACCAUUGUGAGAACAGAAGUUGAACUUCUAAUUCUUGUUGGUAUAUGCUCGAUAGAUAGUUCAAGAUACGAGAUAUGUACCCGUUAAAUUUUACAAAACCCAUGUUUUUGUUACCAUUGGAGAAGGAACCGGGUUCCCCAGAAAAGAGGUCCUGCCUGCUAGAGCAACGAAAAUUGCAGCCAUCAUUGCCCGGUGCAGAAAUCUAUGUCUCUUUAGUAGCACUUUGCUUUUUUUCUUUUCUUUUCUUUUCUUUUAAUUUCUUUUUUAAAAGCUUAUGUUAUAUUAUAUAUUUUCAGAUACAAAAUUUGCAGAGAAACCAAGUUGAAAUUUUCAAGAACAAGCUCCAAAAGGAUUGCGAGAUUGAAAGCAAAAGUUUGGUACUGCUUAUGCACAAGAAAGAGCACAGGAUAAGUGAACCAAAAAGGUAGAGAAGAUUGGCAGUAAUAAGUUGGAGAAGGCCAAAGCUAGAGCGUGUAGAGGAAAAGAGAGAAGAGGGUGCAUUGAAGAGAGCCGAAGCUAAGAUGGUUUAUAGCAAUGGAGGAAUUAAAAUUCCCAGAGUAUUGGUUCAUUCAAAUAAUUAAUGUCUGAUGUUAGGUUUGUAUCCACGCUACCCCUCCUAGCCACGUAACGUGUCUUUGGAGGACCAUAUUCUUGCGAAGCUGGUAUGGACACAUCCUCUUCCUUGUCUGGUUUGAAGUGGGAUUUAGCUUCUCCCCUUGGGAAGAGUUGAUAGAUGUUGCCUGUUACCUAAUGAGUAGCUGGUAUGUGCUCUCUUUUAUAUUGCCUUUGCUAAAACUGCUAUGCUUAUAUGGAAGCUGACUUGGGUAACUACGUUCAAAUGAUGAAACCGUGUGUGUGAGUGUGUGUGUGUGAGAGAGAGAGAGAGAGGGGUCAGCCUCUAUAUAUAUAUAUAUAUAUAUUUUUUUUUGGUCAGCCUCUAUAUUGUUUACCUAAAAUCAUUGAAAAAUGUUGAUUUGGGCAAAUACAAUAAAGCAA